AGUGUGCACGUCGCACAGGAGCUCGUAGUCUGGUGUCUGGGCCGUCAUGGCGAAGAACUGCAACGCUCCGAGGAUUCCUGUCGGCCACAUGAGCCAGGCGGUGUCAGACGGAGAGCUGAACAUGUCUGCACGGAGCUGUGGAGGCAGCAGCUCCAGUCUCCCGGGGACUCCGGGCGGAGAGGCCGGCCCCGCCAACGGCGUGCUGAGCUGGGCCGUUUCGUUUGAGAAGCUGCUGGAAGACCCGUCCGGUGUCCGUAACUUCACGGCCUUCUUGAGGUCUGAGGUGAGUGCAGAGAACAUUUUAUUCUGGCAAGCUUGUGAAAAGUUCAGGAAGACCCCACCCACCUCCUUGGAAAAGCUGAAAACAGCGGCUCGCUCCAUCUACAACACCUACCUGUCUACCAGCGCUCCCUACUCGGUGAACAUCGAUGACACCGCCAGGACGGAGGAGAAGGACCUGGAGCAGCCCACCCCCGACAUGUUCAACAAGGCCCAAGCACAGAUAUUCAAGCUGAUGAAGAUGGACAGCUACAGGCGCUUUGUGCGUUCUCCUCUGUACCACAGCUGCACCUUGGGAGAAAAACUUCAUCCUCAGGCCUCCAAUGAGCCGCUCCGCCUGGGAUCCUGCGAGAACAUGGCCACAAGAAGCCCCUCGUUCAGUGACGCAAAGAAGUCAGACUUCAACAGUUUGCCAGGGAGCUGGGGUGUCUCAGAGAAACCGCGACAGAACGGAGGAUCCUGGGGAGAUGCAUCCAGCACACAGGGUGCAGGCUCCCGGAAGGAGGCCCGUAUGUUGCCCGUAUCACCCAGCAGCGUGGAGCCAGGUUCCCUCUGCAGGCAGAUGGAGAACGGCAAAUCAAGUCCCCGCUCCCCAGAGCAGGGAGGUGGGAGUCGGAUAGAGGUGCAAGGGGGCUACUGCUGUGUCUACCUGCCCGACGGCAGUGCCUCCCUGGCCCCCACGCGGAACGGCCAACCCAUCAGAGACAUGCUGGCCAGCCUGUGUGAAAAGAGAGGCUUCCCACUGAAAGAUGUCAUCAUCUACCUUCACGAGAGGGACAAGAAACCCUUAUCGCUGGACCAGGACUGCUCCGUGCUGAGGGAUCAGCAGGUCUCCCUUGAGCUCAGGGUGAUGUUUAAGCUGGAGAUCGCCUUCACUGGUAAGACAGUGGGGAUCAUGGCGAAGUCUAGUAAGACGCUGCAGGACGCCCUCUCUGUGGUGAUGCAGAAGCACGACCUCAAGCCACAAGAGGCUCUAGUCACCAUGGUUGGAAGCGAUGAGCCUGUGAACAUGAGCAGCUCUGUGUUCCGAUUGGCCAAUAAGAUGCUACGACUUGACAAAUCAAAAGGAAAAGAGCCGAGCAACAUUUCCAGAGGCAGUGGUUCAGCUGUAGCUGCACAGACAAGACUGGAAUCUGUUCUGGUCCUGCAGGCAGCAGCGCUGAGCGGAGGUGGCGUGCAGGCCAGAUCAUCGACAGACCGAGCCAGGACUCAGCCCAAGCCCAGUAAGAACCGCGAGAUGGAUGGGUUUCUGGACAUGCUGACGAGAGCUCAGUGCAGGGUGGACGACCAGCGGGGUCUUCUGACCAAAGCUCAGCUACAGGUGCCGCUGUUUCUGCAGCUGCCCUCAGACCAGGAGACCAACAUGGAGUCAAAGGAGCAUGGUGCAACCAGCUCCCCCGCUGCAGAGCCCAGAGAGAAAUCGGGGAACAAGACGUCACUGCCUCCGCAGCCAGCCGGAGCAGCGGAGGGAGUCCCUGAAUCUGCUGAAUCUGAAUCGAAAGACUGCAGAGAAACUGACGUUUGAAAAGCACCCAUGUGUUGGGAUGGACUCAGACAAAGAACGUCGCGUAGCGUGGUGUCACCCAUCAAAGAAAAGAAACAAAUUUGAGUCCAAACUUGUUAAGCACUUUUUAAUGACUGUUUGUGUAUAAGCUCUGAGACAGCAGUGGCUACCAGCUCUGAUGUCGGCCUCAUGAGGAAGAAGAGAUCAUGGAAAACAUUUAUAGAUUCAUCUAAAAACACUACACACCCUGAUGGGGUAUGUUUGCUAUGAAUUGUUUGAUGCACCCCUUAAUGUAAGAAAAGAAGUUAGCGCUCAAGAUUUCACCCUGAUAACAAAGUUUCUGAAUAAUGUUUCUUUCAUAUUUAAUGCUGUACAGUGUGAGUUUGUUUCUUCCAGCUUUUCUCCAAACUCUAAGCUAAAACAUGUUUCUGUGCAGGAACUGGUGAAUGUCCAGAUGGGCCUUUUUGAAGUGUAUUGCAUGAUUGCAUUUUCUUAAUUGAACAUUGUUGUAAUGCUUUUACAGCUUUUAAUAUUUCAAUUUUAUUGUUUUCAUAUUGUGUGCCUAUACUUGCGAUUGUGGAAUGUAUGUUUGCGCUACUGGUUUGCAGUGAUGGCACUUCAUGAAGCCCUGGUCAACACCUGUUUUCCUGCCACUUUAUAUUCUACUGUACAUCAGGGUCCAGAUCUAUUUAUGAGUAAAGUGAUCUUAUAGAGAGUGAGUCCAAUAAAUAUCACAGGGUGUAUGCGAAGAAUUAAAUUGUAUC